AUGUCAACACCACAGAACGUUUAUGCCCGCUCGCCCAAUCUCUCAAACAGAUCCUACGACUCGUCUUCAGUCUCAUCUGCAACUUCCCCCAAAUCUUUGUCUCAGUUUGCGCCAGGGGCCAUGAGUACCAACCCACGCUUGAAUGUUCCGGCAACGCCCCAACCCAUUGGCAUCCCCCCUUUACCUCCAGUCAGUCAGGGCUUUCAAUCGUACGGCCCAAUGACCACAUCGUCUUCUCUUGGUCACGAUUCACUCGCUUCGAAUGAAUCAGUGGCCAGUACUCCGGGACCAUCAGCCACCCAUUUAACAGGACCAGGCGUUCAGGGACAGAAGAGAGCAUAUCGACAGCGAAGGAAGGACCCCAGUUGCGAUGCUUGUCGAGAAAGAAAGGUGAAAUGUGACGCAACCGAGACGACAAGUUGCUCGGAGUGCUCGAGUCGAAAUGUCAAAUGUCAAUUCACAAAGGAGACGAACCGGCGUAUGUCAUCUAUCAAACAGGUGCAGGACUUGGAGAAGCAAAUGGAACGGGUGAAGAGGGAGAACAGUGGAUUGCGUCGCAUGCUUCAGGAUCGAGAAGGGCCCAUGGACCUUGAUGCUGAAGGGGGUGAUGAGAACAGCUCCAGCUUACCAGCCAUUGGAUCCGAACCGAAGCGACGAAAGAGACCGGCACCAGUUCCAGAGCUAGCGAGAGCGAGGGCCAAUGUACGCGACUUCUCGAGAGGUAUCUGGAAACUCCCGGCCCAGUAUCGUGAACGAGCCCCUAUAUUCUUCGAUCCCUCGAGACCAGAGCUACCGGCUAGGCACGUGGUAGACCAACUGCUGCACGCCUACUGCAACUCGUCCCACUCCAUGUUUCCGAUCAUACACAUGCCAUCGUUUCGAACUACUAUCAACGACCUGUACAACAGCAAUGCGUCCAACAGAAUGUCCCCCACUUGGCUUUCAAUGUUCUUCGCGGUCCUGGCAACUGGCAGUCUCUUCAGUCCAACAUCAAGCUCUCAGCCAAACUCCUUUUACGAACCUGCCGAAUAUCUUGAGAUGGCCAACAAGAUGAUUGACCCAUGGGCUAAUGACUUUACUCUGGAACAUGCCCGGGCACUAACAUUAGUAACUCUCUGCCUGAACGAGAUGAACCUGAAGUCAGCGGCUUGGGGGUGGCUGGGUAGGGCUGUCCGUGUUUCCCAAGAUCUCGGCAUGCACGUGGAAUCAGGGCCAUGGCCAGUGAUUGAAGGAGAGAUGCGACGCAGGACCUGGUGGAUGAUAUACAUAAUGGACAGGACCUUGGCGACUGAACUGAGCCGACCCGUGAUGAUCAACGACGACGACUGCGAUGUGUCAUUGCCAGCCGGGGUUGACGAUCAGUUUAUCCACGAAGGGGGCAUGUUGGUACCUACGGGAGCGGAACCUUUGACUCACUCUCUGCUCGCCGUUAUCCAUGUCGUACGAUCGUAUUCAUCGCUUCUUACAGCACUGACACCACAGUCGAUGCCAUCGGUUCAUCUUUCAACCCUUGACACCCAUCUGAAGAAAUGCCUGAACACCUUUCCUCCAGCAUGCGACCCUGCGAGCAGUGUGCCCCUUGCACCCGGCUUUCUAGCUCCGUUGGCAUACCUAUUUCACGCUCGUCUUCUCCUACAUCGGCAUCAUCUCGACCCUGGAUACCCCCUCGAGGCUCGGAUGGCUUCUCUUGAAAGCUGCACUCACAUUGCUCUCGAAACCGUAUCUCUCCUCCAUCGAUUAAACGGAAGCCUCAUGGCCGACAGUGCAACUACCUUGUUGACCACGCACAUAUUUCGCUGUGCGCUCUUCCUUCUUCUUACAGGCUACAUAGACCCUGCAGUGACGGCUGUGAGAGCACUGGCUUCCAUCGAUCGACAAAGGGAUAUCACAAUCGCAUGCGGCCGUUACUUGUCGUUCUUUGUAUCCGCUUUGACAGCCAAGAGAGUUGAGUGUACAAACUACCUAACAAGGACUGCCCCGCCGCACUUUGGUUCUUCAAGGCCAUCUAUCGACCAAGCAGCUCUUCUACAGAUGUUGUCACGCGACGAAGAUUUGAUUGUAUACGUUUCCGCCGAUCUUCAGGCAUCAACUGAUGCUUCGUGGCUUUGGGCAGGCCUAGAGCGAGAAGUCCAUUUACACCAGUCCCCCUCGCCGUUUCAGCAUCCCGCCUCGGCCAGCAGAAACGAGCUAUUCAGUCCUGAGGCUCGUACAGGAUUGGAUGAAGUCGACAACAAAGAUUGGGGCGGAUGGGCAAGGCUUGAGACUGCUGUCCGAGGACUGGAUGGUAUGCCAGCUACGACUCCAACCCCCUCGAGUGCAACUUGGACGCUACCUCCGCCCAUCAAGAGCGAGACGCCUGGCCCAGCGGUGGAACUCCCAAGGUUAGGUGAUGUAUCGCGUUUUGGCUCCGAGAUACCCAAGUUGGGCGAGGGAAGUACAGCGGUGAGUCCUGUCGCAGGGGGCAGCAGGACACCGAGUGGAAGCGCAGCCGCCCCAACUACCAGCAAAGAGCGAUUGAGUAUCGCCAACAUUAUAUAA